CAGAUAGAGGAGAGAGCGACUGUAGUAAGUACUCUGGUCGGAGGGAGGGAAGUCUAUCUUGUCCUAUCGCUGUCUGAUUUGUCGUGGAACUUUCAUCCAAGUUCUGGCUUCAUGCUGCUCUUGUUAUUUCUUCUCAUUUGUAGUUCUUCUGCAUUUUGAUUUUAUUUUCAUGUUUAACUCAAUUACAGAUAAGCUUCUCGUGUUCUUGAUUUUAUAUUUCAUAUUUAAUUCAAUUACAAAACUUAUCUUGUUCAUGGUGGAGACGCAUUAGUUGUUUGAACUGAAGGAUUCAGUUAGAUUCAAGCUCGGACUCAACUCAUUGAUCUCCAGCCUAGACGAGCAGGGUUGAACAAAGGAAAAAACAGUAAACACAGGGUUUUGGAAGAAUGAAUUUUGACUUGAAAACCUAGAGAAACGCCGCUCACGCCAAAAGCUUCUUAGAAGACAACUCUUCGACUUUCCGGAAUCGAAGAUUCUGAAGGUGACAGAUUUGACUUGAUCCGGAGCCGCCAGCCUAGAAGGAUCGGAAGCCAUGGUGCCCAGCUCUUGACCGGGCGUUCCUCUGAACUUGAAGAACCUCUCUCUCUCUCCCUCCCUCUCUCUCAACUGUGAUAUCGCGACGGGGAACAAGAUGGAAGCGACAGCUGUGGAUCUGUUGCGGGUGGAUUUGCCCUUACAUGAGGAGACUUUGGUGCUCGAAGCAGACAGGAGGUUCGGGCUCGUUUUGGUUGAUCUCGUCAAUGGAUUUUGCACUCCUGGAGCCGGGAAUCUGGCCCCAUUGACUGCCAAUGAUCAAAUCUCGCUUAUGGUGGAUGAAUCUGUCAAGCUUGCUAGGUUCUUCAGCGAGAGAAAAUGGCCAAUACUUGCUUUUCUGGACACCCAUUAUCCUGAUAAGCCCGAGCCACCUUAUCCUCCCCAUUGUAUCAUUGGAACAGGAGAAGAAAAUCUGGUUCCUGCUUUGCAGUGGCUGGAAAAUGACGCAAAUGCGACAAUUAGACGCAAAGGCUGUAUUGAUGGUUUUAUCGGCUCUAUGGUUGAGGAUGGUUCCAACGUAUUCAUUAAUUGGGUGAAAAGCAAGGAGAUUCAUUCUAUUUUGGUGCUAGGGAUAUGUACAGAUAUAUGUGUCUUGGACUUUGUUGCUACCACCUUAUCUGCGAGAAAUCGAGGUUGGCUAUCUCCAUUGGAAGAUGUUUUUGUUUACUCAAAGGGAUGUGCAACUUAUGAUCUUCCUGCUUGUGUUGCUAAAGAUAUUAAGGGAGCUAUUUCCCAUCCUCAGGAAACCAUGCAUCAUGUGGGCCUCUAUAUAGCACAAGGAAGGGGAGCAAAAAUCGUGCGGAAAGUGGAGUAAAGGUUGAAAGAUGGUUCCACCACCUGUUGUAACCUAUAGAUAUAUUAAAAUGUUAAGUGGCUUGUAGCUUCUCUGUGUUGGCAAUUUCCCCGAAGCAUACCUAAAGUGAGAAAGAGUGAAGAGCAUAAGGGAAAUGUUUGCAGCAAUCGAAACUAAACUUGUACAAUGGUCCCUGCGACAUUUGUACCCUUGUUCACCUUCAUGAUUGGCAAGCUUAAUUUUCCUAAAAGGCCAAAAAACAAUAACUUUGUAAGCAUAAGCGCCCAAUCACGAACAUCUCUAAUGCUCUAUUUUCAAUUAGAUCA